AUGACAACCAAGGUCUUCGCCGCGACGCUCGGCCUCAACGUCCUCUUCCUCGCAACUGGCUGCCUGCAGCUAGCCUUCUCUCUCGUCGCCCAGUCCCGCAUGGACAGCGAGCCGCCAGAUGGCCGGAAAGCGCUGCGCAACCUCCUGUACCAGAAACUCCCCCUGACCGCUGCCGUCGUCAACGGAGCCUUGGUCCUCGCCACGUUCGUCUUCACCCUGCUGGGUCUCGUAACCCCCAGAAAGGGCGCGCUGAAGAUGGGGGCAUUCCUGGUCAUCCUGUGCGGCCUGUUCACCCUCGGUCUUGGCGCCCAUCUCUGGAUCAUGACCCUGCGGCUCAGGGACGCCUUCUUCCCAACCUACCUCGACCUGGACCCGGCCGUGCAGUCGCUGAUUCAACAGUCUUUCCAGUGCUGCGGCUACUACAAUGCUGCGAGACCAGCCUUUGUUACGGACCCUGCUUGUCCUAGUCCUGCUGCCGCUGCUCUGCUGCGCGGGUGUGGAACAGCCGUAUCUGGCUUUUCCAACAGCUUUCUUGACCACGUCUUUACCACCUUGUUCGGCAUGGUUGGCGUUGAUGCCAUCUUUAUCCUAUCUAUUGCAUGUCUCCUCAAAGAUUGCAAGGAACGGGAACGCUAUCGCCAUAUCGACGAGAAGAAUGGUCAUCGGCAAAUUUGA